AAAAUAUAAGAUAAUAAUAUAAUAUCAAUGCCCGGGACCUCCACCUCCGAUACAUUAAAAUUUGAAUUAAAUUGUUGCACAUUUCCUCAUGUAUUGUACAAGUUUAGUAAAUUUUGCUGUUCUCGCUAGUCACUGCCGUAGACCGCUGUAAUUGCUUAUUCUUGUUUUAUUCGAAACAUACAUAAUUUAAAAUUAGGCAUUUGAUACUGUCAUACCCAAACUUUUAAAUUAUUUAAUAACAAAACAUAGCAAGAAUUUAUUUGAACCCUGCAACGGAAUUCGUCGAAAAUGAAAGCAAUUACUUGUAGUUUCUCGGUCAAUUUUCGGCGAGCAGUAUGCAACGCCGCUGCCAUACGAGCAUAUGGGUCUGAUGUUAAACGGCCGGAUGUAAAGGAUUCAGGCCUUCAAAAACGGUCUGACAAGAAACAUUCAAACGAAGACUCGUUGAACAGUAUUAAGCCUCAUAUGCGCAGCGGAAUAUUGUCAGUGGUUGAAAAAGAUAACAGUGGAUUCCCUUCAUAUCUCAUACUUAAAGAAACUAGUCCCUUGCUGAGUCAAGCUAUGAUGGACAUAAAAAACAAAAAAAGACGUCAACAAAAUAGCAGCAUACUUUUGGAAGGCAAACGUCUGAUACAGGAUGCAUUAAAUGCUGGGGUGAAGCCAAAACAAAUAUUCUUCAGCCAGAAGAGAGUAUUAGAAAACUUAUGUUUACCCGAAGAACUACGAGAUUUACCAGCCACAAGUACAAUAUUUUAUAAGGCUCCAUAUAAAAUGAUUCAACUAUUUUCAGAGACUGAGACUUCUCAAGGAAUAAUGGGUAUUUUUGAAAUUCCAACUAUUGAUCAUAGAGUCCGGAAAAAUGCAUUUCCAAUUACAGUAAUCUGUGAUAAUAUCCGCGAACCUGGUAAUUUAGGUGCUGUGCUAAGAACUGUAACAGCUGUUGGAGCAUCACAAGUUAUUUUAAUGAAAGGCUGUACUAAUUUGUGGGGAGAUAAAGUAUUGAGAGCCGGUUGUGGUGCACAUUUCAGGAUGAAAAUAAUAUCAGAUGUCAGCUGGAGCUUUUUGGAAAAUAUCAAAGGCCAAGUCUGUUUGGCCGAUAACAAUGUGAGCAACAUUGAUUAUUCAAAUAUCGAUGAAGACACAAAUGUAAAUGUUUUUAGAAAAACAGCUCCAAUUGAAUUACCAAUAGCUCCUUACUAUGAAAUAGAUUACUGUAAAACUAUUCCUUUGAUACUCAUUAUUGGAGGUGAGACACAUGGAUUGAGUGAUGAAGGGUACGAGUUUGCUAGAUCACGAAAAGGUAUCCGCAUAAAUAUUCCACUUGAAAAUGGAAUAGAAAGCUUGAACUCUGCUACAGCUGUAGGUAUAUUAUGUUUUGAGGCAAAAAAACAAAUGUUAAAUUUAAUAAGAAGUGGAGAUGAAAUUGAUAAAAUUGAACAAGUAUAUUAAGAUUAUGUAGUUGUAGGAUUUAUUUUAUAUAAAAUAAUUUGAUUAUGUAAAUAAAUGAAGAAGAAAAUAUUA